GAGGAGCAAACGUUGCCUUAGCAACGGGAAGUGGUAGCACAGAGCCAGGAUUUUCCUACACUCUUUUUGAAGUUACUUAAUUUGAGGUAAAGCACAACUUAAAUUUCAGGUUUUUCAAAACUGUGGCCACCAUGGCUGCAAGCAACCCGACGGUGUUUCUUCUCACAGUGAACGGACAAAUCGAGGGAGCGAACGUGAGUAGAGCUUCCGAGUUUCCGGAGUAUGACAACUUGUACUGUAAAUACUGUUUCGUCUACGGACACGACUGGGCUCCCACUUCGGGAUUGGAAGAAGGUAUCACUCAAAUAACCUGUAAAGGCAGUCAGUCUUCAAAUAAAUUAAUCUGGAACUUUCCCCUGGAGACGACAUUUAAGAGCACAAACCCCUCUGGAUGGCCUCAGCUUGUGGUGAGUGUAUACGGUCCAGAUGUGUUUGGCAACGAUGUGGUCAGGGGCUACGGAGCAACACACAUCCCCUUCACACCGGGACAACAUUCAAAAACCAUCCCCAUGUUUGUUCCCGAGCCCACGUGGAGGCUUCAGAAAUUCACAAGCUGGCUGUUGGGACGGCGGCCUGAGUACACAGACCCCAAAGCAGUGGCUCAGGGUGAAGGCAGAGAAGUGACGCGUGUUCGCUCCCAAGGCUUCGUCAACGUCUCCUUUCACAUCAUGACUAAAGACAUGAAGAAACUCGGCUACGACACAGGACCAUCGAGCCCUGCUAACACACAAUCGGUCACAUCCGGCUGGUCGACAGAGGAUCAAUAACACAAAGUCAAAAGACUGCUUUUAACACAACUUGCUUAUUUUUCUACUUUUUUUAUUCCCCAUCAAGGACUCUUUGUUUUUGUUUUUAGACCAAAACAAGAACACUACUCUAGUUUUAGAUUCAUGAAUGGCUUUUUAAUGUAUGUGUUUGAAUGGAAAUGAGUGGAAGAAACUAAAAAGUAUCUUGUCACUUUAAGAUUAUUUCAAAA